AGCACCAAACUUUUGUCCAGUGAUAGAUAGUAACAGCCUCCCUCCUGCUCUCUCCACAGCAGACGCUUACAAAGCCUAGUGGGGUGCUCACUUCACCACCUGAAGCUAAGUUACAGCCAGUCGCCAUCAUGUCCAGCAAACGUGCCAAGGGGAAGACCACCAAGAAGAGGCCCCAGAGGGCCACCUCCAAUGUGUUCGCCAUGUUCGACCAGUCUCAGAUCCAGGAGUUUAAGGAGGCCUUCAACAUGAUCGAUCAGAACAGGGAUGGGUUUAUCGACAAGGAGGAUCUGCAUGACAUGCUUGCCUCAUUGGGUAAGAACCCGUCCGACGACUACCUGGAGGGCAUGAUGAGUGAAGCUCCAGGUCCUAUUAACUUCACCAUGUUCCUCACCAUGUUUGGAGAGCGUCUGAACGGAACUGACCCUGAGGAUGUGAUCAGGAAUGCCUUCGCCUGCUUUGAUGAAGAGGGCUCUGGUGUGAUUCAUGAAGAUCACCUGAGAGAGCUGUUAACCACAAUGGGGGAUCGUUUUACUGAUGAGGAGGUGGAUGAGCUGUUCAGAGAGGCUCCCAUUGACAAGAAAGGAAAUUUCAACUACGCUGAAUUCACCCGUAUCCUCAAACACGGCGCCAAAGACAAGGACGACAUCUAAACUCUCACAGACUCUCACACCUGCCUCUUACAGAUGCAUUCUAUUAAAAUAAAUAGUGUACAUAUGGGAUUCAGAGGAUUCAAUAAAACAACAAUCACACCUUCUCCUGAAAACAUUUGAAUGUUAACACAGUACUUUAUAUUUACAGGCUGUUUGUGCUCAUGUAGAUUCAGUGGUAAUAACUGCAUAGCACUGUUUAUUUAUCUCUCCCAACAUUUUUGCGUAGCCAUUUUUUUUACAUGCAGCAUCUGUCCAUAGGAAAUCCAUUGCUUUCGUAGUCAGAUUCAAAUUGAUUGGAAUAUUGAUCAGCUGUUCAAAAAAACCUGUUUGAACCUUCAUGCUCCAUAAACGGUUUUAUAUAUGAACCACCUCUUAAAAGCUUUUACUGGCAAAUGAGGCAUAAUGUUGAUAAUGCAAAUUACUGUCUAAAGAUCAGAACAUUUUCAACUCCUUUCAUUUCUUUUUAAGCAAAAUUUCAAAAUUGUACCCUGUUAUUAAAUACAACCUGGACACAAAAACAAAAAUUUGAUUUUUCUUUUUUGAGAGCUAUUUUAACUGUGCCUUAUCUUGUCAUGUUUGGACUAAUGAAUCACAUUUCAAUCUCAAGUACCCAAUUAAAUAGAAAA